CACUACUCAAGCUCUACAAACACACACAUCACACUGACACAGUGACUCACUCAUUGCAGCGACAGCUUCAGCAGUAUUGCUUCGCCAUAUCCAUGGCCUUCUCUCUCUCCAUCUCCGCCCUAUUGCUUCUCUUUCUCCUCUCCUUCUCCGUCACCAGCCUGCAGCAACCUACCAAUGGAGGCCCCGUCAUCUUCAACUUCGGCGACUCCAACUCCGACACCGGCGGACUCAUCGCCGGACUCGGCUACACCAUCAACCCCCCUUACGGCCGCACCUACUUCCAUCGAUCCACCGGCCGCAUGUCCGACGGUCGCCUCAUCAUCGACUUCCUCUGCCAAAGUUUGAACACUAGCCUAUUGGCUCCUUACCUAGACUCUUUAUCAGGGUCUAAGUUCACAAAUGGGGCGAACUUUGCAAUAGUUGGGUCGUCUACCUUCCCUAAACGCAUCCCUUUCUCUUUGAGCAUCCAAGUCAUGCAGUUCCUUCAUUUCAAAGCCACUGCAGGCGCAAAAGACUUGAUAGAUGAAGAAGGUUUUCGGAAAGCACUCUACAUGAUUGACAUUGGACAAAAUGACCUUGCUCAGUUGUUUUCCAAAAAUCUGUCAUUAACACAAAUAACAAAGAAAAUCCCACCCAUCACUACUGAAAUCAAGAACGCUGUUAAGACUUUAUAUGAUCAAGGCGGGCGUAAUUUUUGGAUACACAACACUGGGCCAUUGGGUUGUCUCCCUCAGAAACUUUCUUCAGUCCAGCAGAGGGACAUGGAUACAUAUGGAUGCCUCUCAACUUACAAUGCGGCUGCAAGAUUGUUCAAUGUAGGAUUGCGCCAUACAUGCGAUGAGAUGAGGUUUGAGCUGAAGGAUGUCAAAGUAGUAUAUGUAGAUGUAUAUGCCAUCAAGUAUGACCUCAUUGCUAACUCCACCAAAUACGGUUUCACUAGUCCUCUAAUGGCAUGCUGUGGAAACGGAGGUCCUCCAUACAACUACAACAUGAGGCUGACAUGCGGCUAUCCCGGUUCUCAGGUUUGCAAGGAUACAUCCCAAUUCAUAAGUUGGGAUGGGAUUCACUACACUGAAGCUGCAAACACCAUUGUAGCCUCAAAGAUACUAUCGACAGAUUAUUCUAUACCGCCGAUUCCGUUUGAUUUCUUUGUUCGUAGUUAGUCACUUAGUCCACUGUUUGAAUUCUUUUUGUUUCCAAUUUCUCUUCUGCUGUAUUUUCAAAGAUUCAAGAGCACGGUAGACAUUGGAGAAGAAAGUUU